GCAUCGAAAGCCAGAGCUGCAACAUCGCAAGACUUCAAAUAUUCAUUUUCACCAUCUGGACAGCCAGGAGUAGUGAGUACCAUACACUGAAGCCAGGAGUCAGAAGGCUGUUAUAGAUUCUGGAUCGGAUGCUUUGAAAAGGUUCUGGAUGUUGAUUGCGGAAGGGAAGAUUUCUUGUGAUUUUGCACUAAAGACAAUGACAGGUGUGACUUGUGGAAGUGAAGACAAUGAUUAUGAUCAGGUCACGUUGGCUAACAAGAUGACCAUAGGUCACCCCUUGGGGUGCAGGAAAGGUGCAGAGCACAGCAGGGAUGGAGUGAAGGUCCACACCAGGGAUGGUGCAAGUCCCUGUAGGUCCAGAGAUGCCGACACGAGCUCUGUCACCGGAGCCGUAAAGAAACACCAUCACAAGCACAGUAUUAAGCACAGAUAUGAACUUUUGGAGACUUUGGGAAGAGGCACCUAUGGCAAGGUCAAAAGAGCCAUCGAAAGGGAUACUGGGAAGAUGGUUGCGGUGAAGUCUAUUCAGAAAGAGAAGAUCACGGAUGAGCUGGACAGGGUCCAUCUCCAGAGAGAGAUUGAAAUAACUGCGCUGCUGAGACACGAACACAUUAUACAGGUCUUCGAAGUUUUCGAGAGCAGAGAUAAAAUAAUUAUAGUCAUGGAGUACGCCAGCAACGGGGAGCUUUACGACUUCAUAAAUAACAAGCACCAGAUCUCCGAGAGUGAAGCCCGUGGGAUCUUCAGACAAAUUGUUUCCGCCGUUCACUAUUGUCACAAGAACGGAAUUGUCCACCGUGAUAUAAAGCUGGAGAAUAUUCUUCUGGAUGACAAACUGAAUGUAAAGCUUGCAGAUUUUGGACUGUCAAACUUCUACCACAAGAACCAAGUUUUGGAAACAUACUGCGGAAGUCCUCUUUAUGCAUCUCCGGAGAUCUUAAAUGGCCUUCCGUACCAAGGACCAGAAGUUGACUGCUGGGCCCUCGGCGUCUUGCUCUACGCGCUGGUGUAUGGCAGUAUGCCGUUUGACAACAGCAGCUAUAAAACCCUUGCAGAACAGAUCCGCAGCGGACACUACAGGCAGCCUCCUCACCUCUCAGGAGCCUGUGGACUCAUUGACUGGACACUGGCAGUUAAUUCGGCCAAUAGAGCCACAAUAGAAGAUAUGGCAAACCACUGGUGGGUCAACUGGGGUUACGACUCGGUGGUGUGCGACUGCGACUCGGUGGCCGACUGUCACUCUCCUCUGUUGGCUCGCUAUAUCGAAUGUCAGAAUACCCUUGGCUUCAAAGGGACCAAUAAGAAGCAAAGUGGGGGUCCCCUAGAGAAAGAAGAAUAUGAAGGAUGCCUGAGAAAAUCCAAAAAGGAGAAUGACAUUAAUCAGUCCCAACAAGAACUGAGUUUCAGUGUCCCCAGCCAAAAACCAAAGGGAAUCCUCAAGAAAAGGAGCAGCUUUGACAGCUCGUUUUUGAACUCCUCGGCUUUCUCUGAAAAGCUUACCCAGAAUGGCUCAGAGCUAAACGGAGAAGCGCAAACCACCCCAGCCUGUAGCCCGCACACGUCAGCUAACAACGAAAGCCAAAUGCCAAAGAAAGGAAUCCUCAAAAAAACCUACGAAAGAGAAUCGGGGUAUUCAUCGUCUCCAGAAAGAAUAAUAUCGCCAUCGGAUUGCCACAAGGCAUCUCUUCGUGUUCAGGAAGAAAAAACGAAACCUGCGAAUCAUCUGAAGAGAAGGAAAGGUAUCCUAAAAAGGAACGGACGGUUUUCUACCAGUCUGGACCUGCCGGUUGACUGUUCCGCACUAAGCCUUUCCGACUCCUUAGAAGAUUUGAUCUUUUCGAAUGCAGAGCCGGCAGUGAGUCCGAGUCGCCCAUCAAGUGUCAUUAGCGAUGACAGCUUCCUUUCAAGUGAUUCGUUUGACCUGCUCGAUAUGGUCUCGGAGACAAAAAGCCAGCUUUUUACUUACACUUCUCAGAACGUUUAUAGCUCCGAGGAAGACGAUCUAUUGUCCGGCAAACUCAUCAGGAACCUGUCCAGUAAAAAUCAUCAAUUCUAAAGAAAUUGCUGAAAAUCUGUGGUCAACGAAGACCUCACAUGCAGAGAAACGUGAUUUUAGUAAAUAGUGCAGUACUUUAUCAUUUUUAUACUUUUUUUCAUACUGUCACUCUUGAAAAAAAAAAAGUAGUAGAGUUUGUGCCAAGCACACUGACAGCCAUGCCAUGCGUUCUUACUAAAUGCAUUAAGAUGUUUACAGAUAGUCACGUUAUUUCUCUUAAGCCAAAGGAAACGGAGUAACAAAAUAUGGAAAUGCCAGAGCAUUCCGUUUCACGAGGGAAUUAUAAAUAACGUGAUGCUAAGAAAAACAUUUGUCCUGCUUUGAGACUUGAAUAGAGUACAAUGGCUGGUUUUAUAACAAAAAUAAAAGAAAAACAAAUCCCGUAAACCUAACCGGCACAAAUGAUCAGCUCGACUUAACCUCUUGGUUACCAGGAGCUCCAAUGUGCACAUAGAACGUUUAAAGGCAUA